UUUUUUUCUUUAACCUCAAUUUCCCCGAAAGAUUCCUUCAUUUCAAAAACCCUAGCAUUUUCUUCGGUUGAAAUUGGUGCUGAGCUAUUUGGGGUUUUGCAUUUUUUGCAAUGCGGCAAUUCUGUUGAAGCCAUCGAAUUCCCCAAUCGAAGAUUAAAUUCCUCUGCAUUUUUUGAUUCUCGCGAAAUUUGGACAAUGGAGGAGCCGAAAAGGUUCGCUGUCGGCUAUGCGUUGGCGCCGAAGAAGCAAGCGAGCUUCAUACAAGGCUCGCUUGUGCAACUCGCGUGCGAAAGAGGCAUCGAUUUGGUACAAAUCGACCUCCAACGGCAUCUGGUAGAUCAAGGACCGUUUGAUUGCGUGCUCCAUAAGUUGUAUAGUGAUGAUUGGAAGCGGCAAUUGAAGGAGUUUGAGGAGAAAAGCCCUAGCGCUUUGAUUAUUGACCAGCCGGAAGCAAUUGAGCGGCUCCAUAACCGGAUUUCGAUGCUCCAGGUGGUGGCGGAGCUCGAAAUGGACCCGUCUAAAAUAGCAGGGGCGGAGACGGCUUCGUUCGGGAUUCCAAAGCAGACUGUGAUUUAUGAUUUUGGUUCGGUCUCGGAGGUGAAUGUGGAAAAGGAAGGUCUGAAAUUUCCUGUCAUUGCCAAGCCGUUAGUUGCCGAUGGCAGCGCGAAAUCGCAUAAGAUGCUUUUGGUUUAUAACCAUGACGGGCUGAAUAAGCUCAAGCCACCGAUUGUGUUGCAGGAGUUUAUAAAUCAUGGUGGGGUGAUUUUCAAGGUCUACGUGGUUGGCGAGUAUGUGAAGUGUGUGAAGAGGAAGUCUCUGCCUGACAUCAGUGAGGAGAAUUUGAGGAGCUUGGAGGGGUCCUUAUCAUUCUGUCAGGUAUCUAACGUAGGUGCUCAUGAGAUAAAUCCUGACAAAUAUUAUAAACUGAUGCAUUUGGAGAGUGCAGAGUUGCCCCCAAUGAGCUUGAUAAAUGAGAUAGCCAAGGGUUUGAGGAGGGCAACUAAGCUGCAUUUAUUCAAUUUUGAUGUUAUUAGGGACGCCAAAGUCGGAAAUAGGUAUCUUGUUGUUGACAUUAAUUACUUUCCUGGUUAUGCUAAGAUGCCCAAUUAUGAGACUGUCUUAGUGGAUUUUUUCUGGAAACUUUUGACCAAUGAUGAUAAGGAUUUUGAUGUUACAAAGUUGGCUACCUGUGAAAUUGGCACGAGGAAUGCCAUGGUAGGUCAUCAUCAUUUUGGGGAGGAUGAGGGCAUGAUUCCGGCUUCUCCUCUUAAACGGGAAGGAAAGGAACAUUCCCUUCAAGUCUGAGUUGCAGCAAUUUUGUGAUUUAUCUGGAGGGAAGAAAGAGGAGGUGGGUAAUUGCAGAAUGAUGGUGGAAAUUUCUCCAGAUUUGACAUAGAGAGCUUCAGAAGGCAGAUAGUUUAACAGUCUCGUCAUUUGGUAUUUUUGGAGAUUUGGCUGUCAACUACUGGCUUUUCAAGCUAGCAUGUCUCUCAGAUUUUAUGACCCAAACUUUUGGGAGCAUCAAUGAGAAGAAUCAGCUCCAGAUUUAUGGUUUCUCAUUGUGAGAUAUUUAGAAAUAGCUACAAAACACCUGUAUUGACGCUGGCUAGGAUGGUUGAUUGCGAGGAAAGAAUAAGGUGGUGCAGCAAUUAUUACUGGGAAUUACAAUGAAAAUCUCAGGAUGCUAAUGGGUUAUCAGGAAUUGUGAAGGAGAAGAGUUCGGGAUGGGAAUUUGCUACCUCUAUUUACAUUUUCUGGUGGUUUUGCAGAUGCUACAUUGGUUGAUUGCAGUAUGUUACAGAAAGAUCUUUGGAAUUGCAGCAUCUUUAACUGUUGAGCAACUGACUGUUGCUUCUUCCUGGGUGGAGGAUUCUGUUGGUUGUCAAUGAUACGCUUUCUGGAAUUGUAGUUCAGAAACUUUCUCAGAAAUUCAGGUGACUGCUAAAUGUUGUAAAUCUUCAGAUAAAGUUUUGAUUAUUUUUGUAUGACAAGCAUUGCAGAGUAUGUAAAUAUACAAGUAUGUCUGAGCAGAAUGUUAAUGAACUUACUGUAGCAGAAUAUCGAUGUUGAGUUUUUUGUUCAGCAUUCAAGGCGCGUGCAACAGUCUAGUGUGAGUUUUCAAAUCAUCCAACUGGUUUUUGAACAGUCGAAAUUGGUCCUGAAGGUCAGAGCAAGAAAUACAUCAUAGUUUUGAAAGUUCAAGUUUUACUUUAUUUUCUUCCAUGCAUUUCCAUGCUUGGAAGUUUGCCAUGACUGUAAAGUAGACAGCUUUAUUAGAAAGGUUCCAUAAAUGUGUGACUAAGAGUUUCACCUACAAGAACGUUUCGAUAUUUCAAAGACAAAUUUAGCAGGACCACAACGAAAGUUAGUAAAGCAAGCAUGUCUUAUCCUACCUUGUCAUCUGCUUCCUAUGAUUAUUGAAUAGUAACAGUGUGAGUUAAUUAAUUGCCUUUGUUGACUUCCUUGCCGUUCCAUGAUUUGAAGUAUCACUAAAUCUAUGCCUAACCUUAGAUAGAACUCUGAGUAAAUGGAUGUUAUUGGUAUUGUCAACUAGGACCCUGUAACACAAGCAAAUUGCAGUAUCCAAUUACCAUAUUCGCAUUGCAUGGCACAGUUGCAAUUGUACAAUUUAUUUGACCUUUUAAGCUGCUGCACUGAUUUUUUCUUCUAGGGAUAUGCCAAGUGCCCUGUUGCUAAGUCGAUCACUAGGUAAGUAUACUUGCCAACCUUUGCUUAAUAGAUAGAGAUCAAUAUUCAAUAAUGUAUGAUAGGACCAGGCUGCAAUUUGGUCAGUAUGUAGCCUUAGGGGUUAGAAUAGGUUUAUAGUGUAUACUAAAACAGAGACUGCUGGAGGCUUGGGCCCUAGGGAUUUAAUUAAGGCUUAACAGUUAGCAGUACUAGUCAUAUGAGUUACUCAGAGGCCUAAAUUUAGCGUUAGUUAGGUAAGUCAUAUACAAACCACAUAAUGAUUCGAGCCUUGGCUGUUAAAAUAUGUGGCCUUGUGUAGUUAGUGGCUUAAAUUGCACGAAAGGAAUCUUACCUAAUAGGUAAAAAACAUCUGACUUGAAUCAUAGUGCAUUUAAACUCCCUUACGAUCAUUACAGUUCCUUUAAUUUUCUGAUAUCCAAAGGCCCUUGCGUGUAACUUGAAAUCUAUUGAGAAAAAGUAAAUAACGUUUUCGGAAUAUCAUAUUCUAGAUUUGUUUCUUUUUUUUUUUUUUUUAAUUCUAUUGAUUAAUAUUCAUCACGAUUUAAUGAUUCGUAAAUACAUUAUGAAAUUUUGUAAUUGAGUAUUUUAUUUGAAUAUAAGAAAAUAUGUCCACGGGAAAGUUUCUUCUUUUAAUUAAUUUUCUUUUUCUCCUUUACGAAUUCUUCUUAGUUGCCAGGACAAAGUGAAUUAUGCCAGAGCAGCUCACAAAUGAGUAGGAAUGAGGACAUCUUAGGCCCUAGAAUUCUAGAGAAUGGUCAUAAAUGCCUGGAUAUAUUACAUGGUAAUAACACCUAAUUGUCAUCCUCAUUUUUUUUUUCCAACCUGGGUUUCAUCUUAUUGCUAUCUAUAGAGGUAUACAACAACAUCACAGCUAGUGAAUUUACUAGGCGCCAGAAGAUGAGUUAAGAAGACUGAUAUGAAGUAGUCGAUGUCUCUUUGAGACGACUCUGCAUCUCUUUGAUAAUUUUAAGUCUCUUUUUCUGGCAGAGUUGUUUGGCUUUCCUCCAUCUAGUUUGGUUGAUUAUUAUUAUAUGAUGCUGCACCAGACCUGCACUACUCCACUUGUGUGUUUUUUCCAAGAAAAUUGGGCAAACAAUGCUAAGUAGAACUGCACCAAAACAGAAAUGGCACUUGGACACUCAAAAAGAGGCAUGGCCCAGUAUGUAAUUAACAAGAAGAAAUUCUACAAACAGCCCCACUACAACUUGAGGGGAAAAAAAAAGAAGAAGAUUAAUGCUUAAACUUGGAUGCCUGUCUUGUCUCACGUAGAUAACGUUUUAACAAAUCUUAUCUAUGACUAAGAUUUUGCUUCUCAAGGAAGUCAAUGAAGUGAUGAAGAUUUUUCCUACCCUCAAAAUCAAUACAUAAGGAAAAUUUAUCUUGUAAUUAGUGACUACAGAUGCCUUCAUGAUUAAAUAUUCAUGAAGUUUCAAGACUGUCCUGAAAGAAGAUGAACACUGUAUUAAACACUUUCUAUAAGGAACAAGAUUUUGAUAGACCAAUUUAUAUUAUUAAUGAACAAUGAUAUACACGAAGUAGUCAGCUAUAUUUGUACAUGGCAGACCCACCAAAAGGUGCCAAAGACGAUGCAUGGUGGCAUGAUACUGCUUCAAUUUGGAGAGGACUCCAUAAAUAUGUAGGAUUUUGACAAGAUUUUGGUUCCUCUGAGCUAAAGUAAAAAGUGGAAUGAUUCUCGACCACCCUGCCCGAUGGUUCUGCUCCCGACAGAGUUUCCAACAGCAAUAUGGAAAGUGGAGAAAACUUUAUCUGACAUGCAUAAUUUCUACUACUACCUAGUGGAAUGUUUAUAUACUGAAACCUUCAGUUUGAAAACUGGGUAGAAACCUCAUCCUAAAACGUCUUUCCAGAAUAAACUGCUGGCUUCAUCGUUCACGAGACUAUUCCAAUCAUCGAAGACAUUGGACUGCUCAGGUGCUUCUGCGGGUAUAGAACCGUGUUUGAAGCUUUCAAACGGGUUGAUGAUGGAACUCUCAGGUGUCACUGAAACUAAUGACGGGAGAGAAUAUUCCGAGUUAUACAUGUUGCUGCUGGAGACAUUAAAUCCGUCAUCAAGAAUGGGACCUGGAGUGAUUUGACCAUCUAAGCAUGGCAAAGAAUGUGAAGUGGAAGUCUGUUGUUGAUUGAGCAGUGGAGAAAUAUUGCAGAAACUUGUAUUCAUGGACUGUGCUUGCAAGGGGUCAACGGUGAAGUCGGUGUUUGUGCCGUCAAAAAGCCGGUUAAGUUGGAUAAGAUCUGCCAAGUUGGUGUUUCCCUGAAUAUAUGGAAGAGGAUUGGGAUUUAUAGCUUGCAUCAUGUUUUUGAGGAGUUGGAACUUGAUCAAGUCAUUAGCAUUUGCCUGUAAGUUAAGAGCAGCAUCCAAAGGAUUGAUGAAAUUGUACAGAUCAGAAACUGAUAAGAGCUGAGCCUGAGAAAGAUUAAGAAGACUAAAAUCAGGAACUGGCUUGUGAGUUGUCGGGUCAAUGCCCCUCCUUAGCAGCUUCUUCUUCAAAUGCGUGUUCCAAAAAUUCUUGAUUUCGUUGUCAGUUCGUCUAGGAAGGAAGUGAAGGAAGAUAAUUACUUGUUUCCCAGUUGCUUAUGGAGGGCUAUGAUAGCUGCUUCUUCUUCAGCCGAGAAGCCUCCUCUCUUAAUACCAGGCCUCAGAUAAUUCGUCCAUCUUAGCCUGCAACUCUUGCCGCACCUGUUCAAGCCUGCUUGCUUGGGAAGAGUCUGCCAGUUUCCCUGGCCAUGCUUUUCAAUAUAUUCAACCAACCUUUGGUCUUCCUCAAUCGACCAUGGCCCUUUCUUUACACCUUUUUCUGGAGGCCUCACCAUGCUGCGAGGAAGAAAGACAGAGACAAAAGCAAAGAAGAAUAGGAGAUAUAUUGACUGAAUGUAUAGGUAAACCGGGACAGCUCAUAGUUGUACAUAUGAAGAUUUAAAGAGAGAGAACGUGGUUUUUUUUUUUUUUUUAAUGAUUAAGUGGAAGACAUUUUUCU